AUGGAAAACCUGAUACCGUGGGUGUUUGGUGAACGCGGUCAAUUACGUGUGGCCGACGUUAAACACCACCGAGUCAAUGAGGAGAUCGCUCCGAGUCAAUAUACAAUCUUGGAUGAAGUGUACUACUCCAUAAAGAUCGAGACGAAGAACGACAAUGGGCAAUGGGUCCCAUUUGAUGCAGAUGAUGUUCAACUGGAGUUCGUUCGAAUUGAUCCAUUCAUACGUCGUACCAUGAAGCACAAGAAUGGUGAGUACUCCACUGUCCUCAAACUCCCGGAUGUAUAUGGUGUAUUCAAGUUUGUAGUGGACUACUACCGUGUUGGCUAUACGCAUCUUAUCAGCGUGAAUCAGGUUCCCGUCAGACCUUUCACGCAUACUCAGUACGAACGGUUUAUUGAAGCUGCGUAUCCCUACUACUUGAGUGCUAUAUCAAUGCUCAUUGGUGUAGUGCUGUUUAGUUUUGUGUUUCUCUACUACAAGGAUGAUAAAGAGAAGAGUGAUUAA